AUGGAGGCUGCACGAGUGGUUGUCGAGGAUGCACAUAGGCAACAUAUGGAGGCCCUCCGCCAGCUGGAAGAGAACAGGGCGGUAGCCCCUGUGUUUGGUCUUGAGCCACAACCUAUACUCAGGGAGUGGAGCCUGGAGGACUUCCUAAAACACCACCCAGUAAAGUUUAAUGGGAAGGUUAGCCCUGACGCAGCAGACCAAUGGCUGAAGGAUCUGGAGAGGAUCUUUGAUGCAAAAACAUGCCUAGUAGAGAGCAGGUUGGCUUUCACGGUAUACAUGCUCACUAGAAAGGCUGAGCAUUGGUGGAUCAGUACAAAAUCCAUCAUGGAGGAGAGAGGCGAGCUGGUGACGUGGGAGGCCUUUAGGGGGAAGAUCCUCUCAGAAUAUUUCCCAGACAGCGUUCGAUAUGCCAAGGAGGUGGAAUUCCUCCAACUGACCAAGGGAGGGAAGACAGUGACAAACUAUGCUGAGAAGUUCAAGCACCUCAGCCGCUUCUAUACUUUGCCUCUCGAUGAAGAGUGGAGAUGCCGAAAAUUUGAGAACGACCUAAAGGGAGAUAUUCGCUUGAUGAUGAAGAAUGAGGUAGAGGGUCAGCGACCUCAGCAGCCUCAGAGGAUUGGUGGACCAUUUGGGUCCCAACCCAGACAUGAUGAGCGGAGAAGACCAUAUGACAGACCUCCGAAUCAGCCUAAGGGGUCUAGGGGUUUUCCUCCCCAACAAGGUCGAGUAUAG